CUUUACGCAAUCCUCUCAACUCUUUUGCAUUUCUCAUGAUUUGUUUUCUUCGUUUAUGAUGUUGCUCUAAUAUUGGAUUUAAAUGUAGCCACCCUUUGUGCAGAGUACCAUGUGGGAUGCAUGCACGAAAAUCAUAACCACUGUUGUGAUCUUUCAUUAUGGUAUUUGAAUUCACUUAGAUGCUUGCCUAUUCCACUUUAUAUUAUGUUUUGUUCGAUUGAAUAUGUUUUCUCAGGUUUCAAAUUGGGAUUAUUGAGUAGUUUCUUUCUUCAUUGUACCUCUGCAGCAUCCAUCAUGUUGCCUGCUUAGAUUGGGUCGGGAAAAUAGAGCCGACUUCAGAUUUAACAAACUUUUCUAUUCAUUGUCGGAUCAAGUUGUCCUCAUUAUCCAACCUGAAAUGUUGUACUUUCCUUUGCAGUAGUAGGGUCUUUUCCCCCCUGCUCUUAUUUCUUGUCAUAUCUCUUAAAGUAGUAACUUUUGCUCUCUUUCUUCCUUUCCCCUCAUUUUGCUGCUUAUUUUUUCUAUCUUCUUAUGCUCUUUUUUGUCUCCGAUUACUGCAACUACACUGGCCAGUGUUCGGCAUAAGGUUACAGUUCUUACUCCCUCAGUUUUCAGGUUAGCUUCUAUCAUAUUCAGAAGCUUUUCAUCUUGAAUGUAGUUCAUUCGAUGCUUUGAGAGUAUCUGAGGUUUAAAGUAUACAUCUUCUGGCUGUGACAAAGCUUCCAACUGUGUUUCAUUAUAUUGCUACCAUGGAUUUCAAUCUUCAUUUCAUCCACGUGACACCCUAGGUAACCUAAUUACUCUAAUACUCAUCAUAACAAUGGUGUAUUGAUGCUUCAUAGCUAAACAUGCUACUGCUAUCUCUGACACCACCAUUUUAGAUAAGAUCCCAAACUAUAAGUCUUGGAGUUUAGGAGAAAGCACAAUUUUGAUUCAAAUGCCAACAUAGUGGAACCAUGUUCAUCCUUGCUUGGCGUUAAGAAAUUUACCAUGUUCAACCUUAUGUCAUUUUGCAGGUCUAUGUCGAUUGAAGGCAUAUGUACCUCUUGGUAGUAUCUAUGAUUCCCUUAUAGGCUUAUACGAUGCAACUCAAAAACUUCAACAUAACCUUUUCCAGCCUCACCUACUACUCAUGCAAGCCAAUUCUUCGCGGAAACUAGAACAAUAGCUUUCAGCUAAGUGUAUGUUGUUAUAAAUAAGUUCUGAUGGUGUAACGUAACGAAUCAUCAGUACCCAAACAAUGUGAAUAGUAUUUGGUUGUUUUAUGAAUAUAUAUUUGUUUGUUUUAUUUUGGUGUAAAAUACACUUGCCAGCCACAAACAAAGAUUCCUUUGAAUGUAUUUGAAAGUAAACAAAUUAUGCAAAUAACACAAUCACAAACAAAUUCCUCUCGCAUUUCACUCCCGGCCAAAGGCCGGGCAACAAGCUAGUAUAUAUAAAGGAUUUUGACACCCAAAUUUUUGCUAAGUGGGGUCCUAUGACCCCCUCCUCAAAGCCUCCCUCCGCCAUUGACUAAAUAUACCACACUGUUAUAUAAUGGUAAUAGGUGAUUAAAGAUGAUAAAUGACUAUAUAUUCCUACUAUCAUGUAUACAACCAUUCUACAUUAUGAUAUAUUCAUACCACCAUGAUACACUUUCAUACCACAUGGUAUAAUCUUAUGUAAUUGAACAAACUUGUGCACGAGGUCUUGUCAUACACAAGAAAACUAUUAAGCCCGUACAUCAUGAAUAGCAUGCUUGGUAAUGAACUCUAUUAGUCUCUUUUCUUGCUCACCUAGUGGUGUCCCUAGACGUGACGUCUUGUCUAGUCUAAGAAUCAUCGAGUACCUUUGCACAUACAUGCAUGAGGUCUCGUCAAACAUGCAUGAGCAUUUAUACGAGUCACAUUUAUGAGUGUGGUCUUGUCAAACAUAUAUGUAAUCAAGCAAGACUAAUAAGUCACAAGUAUCACCUUAACAUCAAUAUUUAUUAGCUAAACUAAAGCAUGGAUACACAUAGGCUCCACUCCCUAAACAACGAGGGGUGUUUAGCUCGACUGAGAGGGAAUACAAAAUCAUUACGAUUCUAUAAUCUUGCAAAAACUAUACUAAAAUAGGCUUUGGACGUGAUUCAGGUCAUAGUUACCCCACAUGUGAGAGAAUACUUUGAUCUAUUCAAUUCCAUAUGCAUUUAUAAUAGAACGUAACCCAGCCCCCUAUUUUUCCUAACUCCCCAUACUUGAAUAUUCGAUCAGGUGUGGUUGAUGUUGCACAAGGGGUUUUUUCCUCCUCUAACUCAAACUAGGGCUCUAUUACUUGGCAUCCACGGCAAGAGGAAACUCUUGUAGGGGCGGUGAGGUCCGUAAAGAGCUAAACCAUGUGUUCCUCUCGUUGUUUGCUUGGGUUGAAAUUUGAUCCAUGUGCUCAUUUUGGACUUCUUGUGCAAUAUUGGGCUCUCAUGGUCACCGCUUGCCUAACCGGUUGCUAGGGUUGAUGAAAACUUGAAUAGUAUAGAGUUAUCUUCAAUUCUGCAUUUAUUAGUGGUUAAAGUGUUGGCUAUUUUACCCACAAAGAUACAAGUCCAGUGCAAGAUCAUCUUUUUUAGUGUGAGCAUACAGGAAUAUGAUUAAUAUGAACUAUUUGUUGUGUUUCCUUCAUUAUCUUGAUGUUGGAUUGAUUAUAAAGAUUCUACAAUCUUCUAAGAGAAUUCAUAUGGUUGUUGUUGCUAAAAGCUAUUUGGCUUAAAGGUUGAAAUUUUGCAGGGGAGUUCUGGUGGCCAUAGGACAAGAAUCCUUACAUUGAUUACUCUUAAAGAGUAGUCAUAUUCAGUUUGUGCAAACCGAUAAUAAAGGAUGGUUAUUAUAAUCUAAUAUCUUAAUGGUUGGAGCAUCUCACUCAUAUGCAUCGAGAAUUUUGGUAGCAGCUUGACAUGAUGAGAAACUUCAUUUGCUAGCAAAACAAGAGUUACUGUAAGGGCUUCUUAAUUGCGAGCUGACUGAUUGAAUGCAUAGCUAUCCAGAUGAUAUCCUAUAUAUUAUAUUAUAAUAAUAGUGCUAACUUUUACUGUUAUGUUUUAGGAAAUGUGUUUUUUGCAACAGUUGCAACAUGAAUGACUUCGAUAUACUGAUUGCUUCUUUUUCUUCUCGUUGAAUAUCAUUGUGCUUCGUAUCAUCGGUGGACAAAAUUGUGGUUCCUUAUCUACGAUUUUGGCCUUAUUUUUAUCAGUGACAAUUAUAUAUUUACUAUACGCACCAUUGUAUUGUUGGUGCUAACUUGGGUUGUUGUUUGAGCCAAUCGUUUUUAAAACCAUAGGAGUCGAUUCUUUUAUUAACCCAAUAUCAUAGGAUUCAAAAGGAUGAUAGGAUUAUUGAUAGACCAUUGAUUACACAUGUUUUUACCCCUAUUCUUGAGCCGUUUGAGAUGUUGAUUCUCAUGUUUUAGAUCUUGAGUUCAUAUUCAAUCUAUGCAUGUUUUCAUGAUUCAAUUCUAGUUUAGUCGAGAUUAUUGAUUCUGUUUUGAUCCUAUGAGAGCGAAUACCUGAUUAGGUCAAUAGAGCACCAUAGAUUGAUAGUAUUGGAUCGAUUGCUUUAGUCGAGGGUCGAUUCACUGCUUUGCAUCGAUUGAGAACCUCAUUCGAUAGAGGGAGUCUAGUUUAGAACGCUUCGAUCGGUUGUUCUAGAGAAGGAUACGUCCCUCUAGGCAAUCGACUCAAGAGGGCCUUGAUCUUUUAGUCGAGAUUCAAGGUCUAGUCAAGGAUUCUCCGCAUUGUGAAUGAAAGUGAAACAAGUUAGAAAUCACCAAUCAUUAAUCUGGCUAGUGGCUAGGGGGAAUCAUACCUAAGUGAGUUCCCAACGUGUAAUUAGAUUAACUUUAACUAUAGUUUGUUAGAGUAAUUUUUGUUCUUCCAUCUUAAUCUGGUUUGCUAGAUAAUGAACUGAAGCUGAGUAAUAGUAACUCUAGAGACCCGUGGAUUCGAUAUUUAUUACUUGAGCCACUAUACUGCAGUCCCUUUCAUUGGUUACACUUUGCCAUUGUUAGGAGUUGUGUCAUAGCGAGUCAAGUUUUUGGCGCCGUUGCCGGGGACUUUCUAGAUUAUUAGGAAAAGCAGAAGUUUGUUAUUUUAGCAUUUUUCUUUUCUUUUCCACCCUUGCUUUUUCACUUGGGUGUUUUUGUUUUUGUUGGUGCAGAUAUGAAUCAUGGAUCCUCAUGGCUUCUCCAACCAUUGGGGGUAUCCACCACCAUCCGAGGGUUAUUACCCCAAGACUCCCUGGAGCAAUCAAGGAGGAGAAGACUCUGGAUUUGGGUUCCAGUACCAACCCCCUUACUACGGAGAACAAUCAGACCCCUGGGCAUAUCAAGAAAAACCUCCUUAUCAAGAAGAAUUUCUCCCACAACCAGAAGGGCCAUCGGAGCUGGAGUUAGCCAUGGCGCCCUUCACGGGCCAUUCUGCAGAGCCAUGCUACACUCCACAGCCAGAUCCAAACUAUGAAUUGAGGCUUCUCAUGGAGUAGUUUGCUCGCGAUAGUGAGAGAUCAUGCUCCAGGAUGGAUCUUUGUACUCGGGCCUAUCGUGAAACAGAGGAGAUCCUCCUAAGCAUUAAUAGGAGCCUCGAUGAUCUUGAGCAAUCUUAUGCACAGCCUGAUCAAGAUCACCCUUCGGCUACUAUACUAGAAGAGGAGGAGGAAGACGAAGGCUACGAAAACAUUGUGGAGCACACAGAAGUUGUCACGGAGAGCUCCCAUGAUGAUCAUGAUCAGGAAUGUCCUGUCGUAGCCGACCACACCUUCCCACAUCCCACACUGAGCUUUGAAGAGGCGGGCAUGAGUGAGGAGAUGCAAGAAGAUCUCAUCAAAGAAAUUGCUUGGCGACUUGCCCUCCAAUCCGUGCUGGAAGAAGAAGAGCAAGAAAGGGUGCAGAAAGAAGUUGUGGAGGAUGACGAAAGUGAAGCAGAAUGAGUUUUUGAUCAUUUCCUAGGGGUGAUACCACAUGAAGAAGGAAGGGAGGUUGAAUAAGCAAUUGUCGUCCAAGCUGAGGAGGGAGUUGAGGUGGAAGAGGCAUGCACCUGCCAUGAGUUACAUGUGAUAUCUCCACCAAACUUCGAGGAAUUGCUUAGCAAGGACCCAUUUGCCGUGUCUCUUUGCCAAACCAAGGCCACAUCGACAUCGGUCCCUCUUAGUGGACGCGAUUGUGGUCAAUCGAUGUUGUCAUAUCUGGUUUGGGGCAAUGAGACGAGAGAAGAGAAGAAGAGGUCUCGAGAGUGGAGACUUCAUCUGCAUCAAGUGCAUGAGCUUCCAUCACUUGUCAUACCACAUGCUCGUGACUUGAGACUCCACCUCAUUGACGAGAACCUCAACUUCAAAGAGGUUCUGGGGUAGACCGAAACUUAGAAGCCAUCGUCCGGCUCACGAUGUAAAAGAAGCGCUUGUUGGGAGGCAACCCAACCAGUCGGUUUGCAUUUCUUUCUCUUUUUCUCCUCGGUUGAGUCAGUUUUGUUCUUUGAUUUUAGAGUCAAUAACUCAACCUUUGUGAGAUUUUGUGUGGUGUUUGUGUUCCGACCACUCUCUCCUCCCAGAAUGCACUGCCUACCCCGUCCACCAUCAUUCACCCUUGAUCUGGUAACUUCGUUCUACCCUCCUUAUUUUUCCUCCAUUGCGGACAAUUUCGUGCUUAAGUGUGGGGGGAUGUUCGAUUGUGCAUGCGUGUGAAUGUUUGACUGUUUGUGUGCUUGGAGCCUAGUCCACUAUCGAAAUUUCGAUUUGAGGGCUCCAAGUACGUGUUUCCUUGCAAAUUGCCUGCUCAGUAUGCUUUGAAUUGACAGUCUCUAUAGUAAUGUGCAACCUAGGGAGGUAAUGUAGCACUAUGGAGGAUGUUGAAGUAUAAGAUUUUUCCUAUCUAGCUCUCUGUUGUGCCAGUUGAUUUUGUGAAUUAGUGGAGCUAAGACUGUUGACUUCGUUGGAAUUGUGUUGUGGACUCGUGGGUGCUCAUGUGGGAAAUGAAAAGCAGUUGGUCCUCCAUGUCAAAAUCAUUGAAAUCUUAAACAUGGGGUAACCCCAACGUGUGUGGCACCGUUCAUUGCACAAAAAUCGGGUUUCGGAAGAGAUUUUAGUGAUUCUUAGUGGGGUACUCCUACAAGGUGAAGCUAAGCUGUCUCUAGUACGAGUAAAAUUUUCACCCGUUGAAUGGUUCGCCUACUUGAGGAUGUGUUUUUAAGGGCACGGAUAGAACUUCCGACCCUCCUUAAUUUCAUUGACCCUCCACGCGAGUUGAGGAAAAGGAGUUAAAAGAAGUACUCUGGCGAGCGCCACAUGUACAGAAAUUGUUCUUGCUCGACUAAUAAGGGUCGACCGUGCAAAAGACUGCAGUUGGACCCCCCGCUAAGUGAAUGAAAAAAGUGUAAAUGAAAGUGCAAAAAAGGGGUUCCAACGGUGAAAUGAAGUGAAAGAGCACCCCCGAUACAAUGAGUCCUUGGUCGUGAAUGCUGUGAGUCCCUUUAUCCAUGAACUGGCUGUCUUAUUUCCACUUCUUCUCAUGAUCCUGACUUGAGUCUAGUACUCGUAUUGAGAGAGAUAGGGGACAUCUUAGAAGACCAGAUGACGUCGUAAGCUGCUAUAUGAUCUAGGAAAUCCUCUACCGACGAUCGGGGUUGUUUGUUGCUAUAAAGGUCUGGAGUUGCA